AUGAAGUUUCUAAUUUCAUCAGAUGAUACAGGUGCUGCUAAAGAAGUUGUCUGUGUAAGAGGUACCGAUACUUCUAAGCAAACUGCUACUCAACCCAGAUCAAUCAAAAAUUAUUUCACUCAUAAUGAUGUUGUUAAUUCCAAGUCACGAAUAAUGCAGAUGAUUAAUUUCAAUUCUGAAUAUAUAAUUGCUUCUAGAUUGGGUGGAACUAUAGCGGUUUAUGAAGUAACCGAGGAGGCAGAAGAAGAAGAAGCAGAAAAGAACGGUGAAGAGGAAAAGGGAAAUGAAGACAAUAAGUAUAAGUUAUUGCAUGAAUAUCAAGUGCCAAUUGAAGACGAAAAAGACAAGCCUAUUGCGUUAAUCAAGAUAGAAAUCUUAGAUAGUGUGAUUGUGGCAUAUGAAUCAAGUAAAGUAUUUCUCAUCCAUAUUAAUGAAAAAUUUGAUUUUGAACCUUUGGAGAUUCCAUUACCAUCAAAUAAACCAAUAAGUGCAUUCACCAUCAAUCCAGAUGAAGAAAACGUAUGUGCAUUCGGUGGUAAUGAAAAUGACCUUCAAAUCGUCAGAUUAUUCGAAUCAAAAGUAAAUAGAACUAUCUUCAAGAAGAAGCAAAAAGACUAUCUCAAAGUAUUUACCAAUCCUAGUGUCAUUUACAAAGCCAAAAAUGUCAAAAAUGAUCAUUUAGAUUUACGUGUUCCUGUUUGGAUAAGCAAUAUCUUAUUCUUUCACCAUGAGCAAGAAGGAUAUAAACUAGUUACAUCAACCAGGUAUGGACAGGUGAGAAUAUAUGAUACCAAGCAUGGAAGAAGACCAAUUCAAGAUUUUCAAAUUUGUGAGAAACCAAUUGUUACAUUAACGUUUGCAAAUGAUGACCAAACAGAGAUAAUAAUUACUGAUACCCAUCAUUUAAUGGCGAGACAUUCGUUAGUGAAAAUUGAUGAACGUGCAUUCAAGACCCAUUCCGCUUCGGCUGGGGACAUUAUUAAACCUGUGGGGAAGUUGUUGGGUAAAUAUUCUCAAGGUGGGAAUACUGGUGCUACUUUUGCCGUAGAAAUUAUGGAAGAUAUAGUCGCUACUGCUGGGUUAGAUAGAUACUUGAGGGUGUUUGAUCUUGAAAGUAGAGAAAUGUUAGCAAAGGUAUACGUUGGGGUCGAAGUGUCCUCUAUUGUGAUCUUAGAUGACGAAGAUGAAGAGGCUGAAGAGGAACAAGCUGCGGAAGGAGUUAAAGAUUCAAAGGUGCACAAGAAGAGAAAGAGAGUAGAACAUGAAGAGAGUGACGAUGAAGAAUUAUGGAACCAAUUAGAUAGUAAUGAAGCUAAGAAAUCUAAACAGUAA